UUGCGGUUCCUAGUGCCCGUUGCCCUUUGCAUGACUCGGCUAAUUCAGAAUGCCGAAGGCAACUUCUUUCUACGUGGAUUGCACGCACGAAGCUGGAUCACUGGAGUACACCGAUGGCCAUGCAGAAGGUUGUACAAAGAUCUACGACCUCUGGAAAAAUCGCAGAGUCACUGACAAAGGGCCAGAUUUGGCUCCUUGUACAAUCCCCGACUACAUCCACGGAGUAGACACAGGUGAGUGGGCAGAGUGUUGCCGCAGACAACUCAUGCAUCCCGAUGAUGAGCAAGGUCCUUUGAAAAAUGUCCUGAAAUUGUUGGUGGCCUUGGGACUUCGAAAAGGCUACAAGGAGGUCUACAUUUGUCAGGCCUUAAAGGCUGAAAGUCACAACUACGCCUACGACAUGGAUUCAGGGCUUGGAUGGAUCAAGGAUUCAUGCGGUGACUGCGGAGGUAGCGACGAGGUGUGCUUGAAGCCACGCGUCUUUGAUAUCAAAUCAACACCACCUCCCAAAGGAUUUAAGGACAGACUGAUGCAGGCCGCUAAAAGCGUCGUCCGCAAGUUGAUUGGCAUGGAACGAAACAUCUGCCUUGGAGUGGGCUACAACUGGAGCUUUGGUCGAAUUGCUCCUGGACUCAUCGACAUGGUGAAAUCGUUGCCAUGGGGUGACAAACGAAAGGUCUACUACAUCAAUGCCGCAAUUGCGCCCUGCCCUUUGCUGCCACAAGACUUGGAGGUGGCCUCACUCUUGAGAAAUGUCCGACUUUCCUAUCGAAGACAAUAUUUGCGUGAUUUUCUAUGACAUUGAUUC